UAACUAUGCGUGGUAUGAUGAGAAGCGGGUGAAGUGAUCUUGUUGUCAUGUUUGUUGUGUUGCUUUACUGUGGGCUUUAAUUUUUUUUUCGUUUUCGAGCCAUAAUGCUCAGAUUUAGGUUGGGAACUUCGGUAUUUCAAUUUCGAAGGUAUUCAGUUGUCAUCAGUGUUUUAAGAGCAUUAGUAAUUGCAGGAAUAUUAUAUUUUCUAUAUCGGGUAUUAUAUUCCAAAUUUCCUGAUCGACAGAACUCCAUUCUACGGACAGAAAUUGAUAAGGGAGAAUUAUCACUGCUUGAACAACGUUUAGAAAAAUUAGAAAGUGAACUUCAGCGAAACAGAAUUAUGUUAUCACAAGUAAAGGAUACUGUAAAAAAUUUGCUAAAAGUGGAACCAUAUCAUCAUCAUUCUUUUCCAGAACAUAUUCUACAUAAAACAAAUCGUAGUUUAGUAAAAUUAUAUAACAAUGACUGUCAACUAUGUUUAGAGCCUCCUGUUGAUGCAAAUGAAAAUACUUUAGAUAUAUAUGAAAGUUUAGAAUUUGAAAACAAAGAUGGUGGAGUGUGGAAACAAGGAUGGAAUAUUGAAUAUGAUUCUAGUCAAUGGAAUGAGAACAAAAAACUAAAAAUAUUUGUUGUCCCUCAUUCUCAUAAUGAUCCAGGCUGGAUAAAAACAUUCGAAAAGUACUACAAAGACCAAACGCAACAUAUUUUAAAUAACAUGGUUUUGAAAAUGAAAGAUGAUAAAAAGAGGAAAUUUAUAUGGGCUGAAAUUUCAUUUUUUGCUUUGUGGUGGGACAAGAUUGAUAGAAACACCCAACUCAGUGUCAAAAGACUCAUAUCCAAUGGUCAAUUAGAAAUUGUUACGGGAGGAUGGGUUAUGAAUGAUGAAGCUACAUCACAUUAUUAUGCCAUGAUAGAACAAAUGAUAGAAGGACAUCAGUGGUUGGAGCAUAAUCUUGAUUACAAACCAAAGAAUGGCUGGGCUAUUGAUCCAUUUGGUUUAUCUCCAACUAUGGCCUAUUUAUUACGCAGAAUGGGAUUGGAUAAUAUGGUAAUACAGCGAGUGCAUUAUUCAAUUAAGAAAUAUCUUGCGGAACGUAAAAGUUUGGAAUUUUUAUGGAGACAGCAGUGGGAUCAAAAUCAUACUAUGGAUAUUUUAUGCCACACCAUGCCCUUUUAUAGUUAUGAUAUACCUCACACUUGUGGGCCUGAUCCUAAGAUUUGCUGUCAGUUUGAUUUCAAGCGUCUUCCAGGCAAUAAAGUGAACUGUCCAUGGAGGGUGCCUCCUGUACCAAUAACAGAAAAAAAUAUUGCUGAUAGAGCAUGGAUUUUGCUAGACCAGUAUAGGAAAAAGUCUCAGUUGUUCCGUACAAAUGUUGUGAUGAUUCAGCUUGGAGAUGAUUUCCGCUAUGAUAAAGCAUAUGAAUGGGACCAACAAUUCAAUAACUAUCAAAAGAUUUUUGAUUAUAUAAACAGCAGAGAAGAUUGGUAUGCUGAGGCAAAAUUUGGCACAUUAGAAGAUUAUUUUUCUGCUUUAAGAGAGGAUAGUGGUGUAGAUUUUCGGAAUAUGCCUUCCAAUUUCCCAUCAAUAAUAGGUGACUUCUUUACGUAUGCUGACAGAGAUGAUCAUUACUGGAGUGGAUACUUCACAUCAAGGCCAUUUUAUAAAAAUAUGGAUCGUGCAUUAGAGGCACAUUUGAGGGGUGCUGAGAUAUUAUUUUCAUUAAUGAUGGCUAAAAUGGAAAAACAGACAGUUACGUCUGUUCUUCCAUAUCUGGAAAGUUUAAUGGGAGACCUUGUUGCUUCAAGAAGAACAUUAGGCCUGUUUCAACACCAUGAUGCCAUUACUGGUACAUCAAAGGAUCAUGUUGUUGUUGACUAUGCAUCAAAAAUGUUUGCUGCUUUGGAGAAACUUCGAAAUAUCAUCGGCCAGAGUGCAGUGUAUCUUUUAGCUCCGAAUUUUUUUGGUGUGUUAGAUGAACAAACAGCUAUUUUACAAACAGAUGAAUACAGACAUCUCAGUUCAUUGCCACAGAAGAUGCCGAUUAAAUUUACUCCAAAAAAGAAGGACAGGUACAUAGUUUUGUACAACUCCCUCGCAUACUCACGCACUGAAUUGACUAAAGUCAUAGUUUCUUCUGCUAAAGUAAUUGUAAAGGACAGUUCUGAAAAUAUAAUACCUUCCCAAGUCAAUCCUGUUUUUAAGAAAAACAAGUUCAUUGCAACUGAAUUUGAACUUCUGUUUUUUGCAGAAUUACCAGCACUUAGUCUGACCACAUUUUCCAUUCAUGAAAUUGAAAAUGAUCUUGCCAUUUCAUAUCGAGCUACAUUAAAGUUUUUCAAUACUGAAACAGUCCCUUCUAGCAUGGAUUUUGUUGUCAUGCGUUUAACUACACCAAAUGAAUUUUCAAUUAAAUCUGAUUACAUGACUGCUGUGUUCUCGGGCUCAAAUGGCUUACUUAAGAAAAUUACAUCUGUUGAUUUGAGAUUGGAAUUUGAUCUUCAAAUUAAGUUUUUAAAAUAUGGAACAAAAACUAAAGGAAAAGAUAAAAGUGGAGCUUAUUUGUUUCUGCCUGAUGCUGAAGCUAAGGAACUUAUUUAUAACAAACCUCAAAUUAGAGUCCUUGAAGGUCCAUUGAUAUCUGAGGUAGUAGUUAUACUACCAGAGGUGGAGCAUCAUGUUGUGUUAAAAAAUUCUCCAGGUAUGGAUGGAGCUGGAUUUGAUAUAUAUAAUUUGGUCAACAUUGCUUCUGAAACUAAUAAAGAGCUUAUUAUGAGAUUUCUUACAAAUAUUACAAAUGAAAACCAAGAUUUUUACACUGAUCUUAAUGGUUUACAGAUGAUGCGCAGGCAUUAUUUUGACAAAUUACCCAUACAAGCUAAUGUGUAUCCUGUUACAACUAUGGCAUAUUUUGAGGAUUAUAAUAUGAGAUUUACGUUACUUACUGCUCACUCAGUUGGAGCUACAAGUUUGCAACCAGGCUGGCUUGAAGUAUUCCUUGAUAGGAGGCUUAAUCAAGAUGAUAACAGAGGCCUUCAGCAAGGUAUUACUGACAACAGAGAUACCCCUACUUUCUUUAGAAUACUUCUAGAGCAGCGCUCGAAACAGUCUUCGGGCUCUUCAAGUUAUCCAUCCUUAUUAGCACACCAUGCAUCACUUUCACUGCUGCAUCCAAUUUUUGUUUUAAUUAAAAUGGAUAAAGAUGCAGAUCCAAAUAUUAUUUUACAUAAUAUAGAUGCACCUCUAAGGGCAACAUACUCACCUGUGGGAUCUGAGCUGCCAUGUGAUGUGCAUUUGUUAAACCUUAGAACUUUGCAUUCUCCAUCUGGUACUCAGUAUUUGCCUGCAAACAAUACUGCUCUUUUUCUCCACAGGCUUGGAUUUGAUUGUAAUUUUAAAAUGUGGGGCCAUUGUGCAACCCGAAAUGGAACUGUGUCAAUAGAUGCAUUAUUUCCAAAUUUAUUUGGAAAUACUAUUGAGGAAGUAUCCCUUUCCUUGAUGUAUACAGGUAGUAAAUUUUCUAGAGAGGCUCACGUUCAACUUCCGCCAAUGGAAAUAGUUACUUUAAAAUUAAGCCAAAGAUGACCCUAAGUGCCUAUAUAUGUAUAUAUAAAAUCUGUGUGAUAAUUGGACUUGAAUAUUAUCUGUUUGGGAAUUAAAAAUAUCUUAACUGAGACGUGGUUAUUACUUAUUAUAAAAUAUAUGAUUAAUACUGAAUUUUAUAACUUCUUUCACUUAGAAUGCUGUGUAGCAUUAUAAUUUUUAUGAAACAAAUUUCUAGUCAUGCAUAAUUUAUAAUUUUUUAAUGACUGUUUGUUUUGUGACACUCAGAUAUGUUAAAUAUUUUGAUUGUAAAUAUUUAUUUCUAAAGACUAUGGUGCACGAGUUGAAGAACUUGUUUGUUGAAAUUCUUCUGUUGGCAGAUGUGUCCUUGGAUUACCAACAGAAAAUAUAUUUCUUUUUUCCUCCAGUUUUUAGGAAUAUCUGAAGGCAUACAAUUUCCGGUUUUAUUUUGCCAUUUCUUUUACUUCAGGUUGGUCAUAUUGCAUUGUAUUAAAAGAGAAGUAUGUAUUUUAAGUUAAAAAGUUUAAACAGUUAAGGAUAACCAAAUUAACUGUAAUAGAAGUUUAGAAGUUUUUCAUAACACCACUAUUGGUAUUUAAUGAAAAUUUUGAUAAAAUCUCAAUGUGAUGAACUACAGUACAUAUUUUACAAAGGUAUUUUUAUUUUCAUUGUUUAAAUCAAAGAACUGUGACUUGUCAAUGGCUGGUUUCUUCUUUCUAUUUCUACCUUCCUCCCAAUUUAUUCUAAAUAUUGUGUUAAUACUGUACCUUUCACUAAAUGUGAUGACAGAUUUCCUGUAAUAUUGAUAAGAUUUUAAUUAAUACUCUCUUAACCAUAAAGAAUGCAUAUUAUUAUCAGCAUUAAUUUCAUGAGUUUAAAAUUAAUUUCUUCAUUGUAAAAUGAAAUAUGCUCGAUACUUCCAAGCAAGCAAAUACCAGCUAGUAAGAAAUCAGUCAUUAACCCUCUGGCUGCUCAUCCCGCGAUUUCCACGAGCAACUCAAAUGUAGCAAAAUCUGCUCAUCCCGCGAUUUCCACGAGCAACUCAAAUGUAGC